AUGGCUCUGCUUUUAUCUGCAGCGUCUGAAACACAAGAUGUUCCAGGGCAGACCUACACAACGCCUGGGGAAAUUACUGCAAAGUACAUGUGGACUCCCCCAAUCCCACAAGCCAAUGAGCUUGUCGAUCAACUCGCUGAGGCCGAUGUCUUUUUAUCCCAGGAUGCGAUUGCUUUCUUUAUGAGCUUUUGUGCUGGACACAGAGGUCUUUUCAUAAGAAGCAUGGAAUGGGUGCAGGAGAAGCAGAGCACGGACAACACUUGCUGGGAUUUGGCGCGCGCCCUUGGCGAGGUUAGUCAGGCAUGGGACACAGACAGUUGGACAGAAACCCCAGAUGAGAGCUUGAUGGGGAAGCUUCAGACUGUUCGUGCCAUUCGUGUGAACGGAGGUUAUUCAGAGGCUGAGAGCAUACCACAACAGUUUGUGAACAUUUUGUGCGAGGGUCCAACAGAUGGUAUGGACCCGAAACGCCGUCGUGAGCUCACGAUACAUGGUUUCGUACUUCCUGUUCUGCAAGGGACUGUUCCAGAAAAUGUUGAGUUUACGCGACUGGAUUGGGCAAAGGUCGGGACAAAAUAUGGCGUCGCCAAUUACCUGAUGGCCUCCUACUAUCGCCAAGUGCUUGCAAAGAAAAGAGGGCUGAAAGUGGAUGUGGACAGAAGCCCAGGGAAGGUUGACAUCUAUGCUACGAUGCAGGACGGUUCAACUUUCGCCAUUGAAGCGGUCAUGGCCUCUCGGGGACGCACCAAAAUUGACGAGCAUCGAGGUCGCUUCGACAACAUUGCGAAGUCAAACUAUGCAGAUGCACAGCACAAGUGCUUGCUGAUCAUUGGCAGGCAGGAUAGCAAAAUGAGAGACGUUGUGGGAGCAGUUAAGGACGGUAUAGAAGUGGUUGGACUUGCAGCCAACCCAGCGCACAGCGGCUACCAUGUCUACGUCAAGCGUCAAGGUAAUCACGUUGUGGACUUCUUCAUCCCUUGCGAUGGAGUUGCCAGGAGGUUUUCCUGGAAGGAUGAAGAACCAUUCUUCGAGAUCAGUUCUGCGCAGAAGUUGAAUUACAUUAUGCCAGGCAGUUCCUCAGCGCCGUCCAUCGUCUGGAUGCGGGAGCUGAUCCGCAAGGACUGUGCUGUGUGA